AUGCUGGAGGCUGGAGUCGAUAGACAGUAUGGACUACAGAUGCUGGAAGCCGGAAUCCAUAGUCAGUAUGGACUACAGAUGCUGGAGGCCGGAGUCGAUAGACAGUAUAGACUACAGAUGCUGGAAGCCAGAGUCAGUAGUCAGUAUGGACUACAGAUGUUGGAGGCCGGAGUCGAUAGACAGUAUAGACUACAGAUGCUGGAGGCCGGAGUCGAUAGACAGUAUGGACUACAGAUGCUGGAGGCUGGAGUCGAUAGACAGUAUAGAUUACAGAUGCUGGAGGCUGGAGUCAAUAGACAGUAUGGACUACAGAUGCUGGAGGCCGGAGUCGAUAGACAGUAUGGACUACAGAUGCUGGAGGCCGGAGUCGAUAGACAGUAUGGACUACAGAUGCUGGAGGCCGGAGUCGAUAGACAGUAUAGACUACAGAUGCUGGAAGCCGGAGUCGAUAGACAGUAUGGACUACAGAUGCUGGAAGCUAGAGUCAAUUGA